AUGGAGUUUGUGGAUUCGGUGCUAGAUGGCUGUGGUGAUGACUGCACCGAGCCAGCGGUCAUGGAGAUGGGUGAGAUGAGGUACAAGUCCAAGAACCUCGAGGCAGAGAGGAGGAGGAGGACCAAGCUAAAUAACAAGCUCUUCUCCCUCAGAGCUCUGGUCCCCAAGAUUACCAAGUAUGGAGUACAUCUGUUUAGGUCUUCAACUGAUACAAAUAAUAUAGUGUUUCAGAUGAGCAAGGAGUCAACCCUCACUGAUGCAAUGGAUUACAUCAAACAUCUCCAGAAGCAAGUAUAUGACCUGAAAGUGGAGCUCUCAAAGACUCCUGACGAGGAGGUUGAGAAGCAAGGGAGUGAAUCAAGCACUGAAACCAUAGCUCCGCCCAUGACCAUCCAGUGCCAGAGAAAGGUCGAGUUGAGCCCUAUAGGGAAAAAUAAGUACCAUGUUAUGAUCAUCAGUGAGAACAAACACGUUGGGUUCGCCAAACUGUUGGAAGCCAUCAGCAACUUUGGCGUGGAAGUGACUAACAUUAACUCCACAACUUUCUCUGGUUUUUCUCGCAGUGUAUUCAGCCUUGAUGUGAGAAUUUUACUCCAUUUGUAAGCCUUGCUCUUAGCUAAUAGAUUUUUUGCGAUGAAAUUGUUGGGAAUAAUUUUGUGGUUUUCUCAUAUAGGUGAAAGAUGAUGGAGAGAUUCUUGUGACCGAGUUAAGGAAGCUUCUGUUAGCAAUUGUUGGAGCUGCAGACACUUAAGACGGCCAUUGAUGAUGAACGCCUAUAAGUUAUACCACAAUGACCUUGCAAUUCAUGUUGCUUUUUAGAAAAGAUUUCUAAAUAUUCACUUUAUAGCAUAUGUCCAUUGGAACAGCUUCAUUCUCUUGCUUUAUAAAAUUCUAACAAGAGAUGAACAGUUAAUGGUUAACUAGGGAUUAUGAAUUAUUCAAGUUUCAAAGGGCUAAGACAACAAUAUAUGGACUAAAUUUGGUCUUCAAAUGUUAUUUUCUGCUUUAUUUCUGGUUUCAAGGAUCCUUUUAAACUCUGUUAAAAAAUCUGUUUCUCAAAUAUGAGCAGAUCAGUCUUUUGGUUCACAUAUGCAUGACUUUGAGUCAACAAAUUCUGUCAGUAUUAUAUGCAUGACUUGCUUCACCAUAUGAGAAUUCUGCAUAUAUAUUCAGUCAGUACAUAGAACAUAUUUACUCAUCUAAAUCAUAGACUAAAGGCACUUUCAAGCACAACCAUUACUAAUGUGUGACCCAACCUGAGGCCUGUCAUUUAAAUCAUAGCCUCUCUCUCUCUCUCUUCUUCUCCCUCUGUUUCUAAUUGAUGGAUUGAACUGUGCCGGUAACAGAUCGGUCCGGUUCAGUACGUCCCGAUCCAUAAGCAGCCAUAUUUUUGUUAACCAUUCGGAAGACAAAAUUAAGCAACUAAUCACAGAGGAACAAGCCCCUCAUCCAUAAGCACUUUCCGAUCUAUGAUCAUUGGAUGUUAGCAUUAACAAAAAUUAACAAGUCAUAGCAAGGCAGUUAAAAAAAACUCCAUAUUUUAGGAGAAACUCUCAAAAAUCAUGCCUGGGUUCACAGAGAAUGACUGUGUUUUGAGCUCUCUAGAAGCAAUGAGCCCUCUUCUUUUAGUUAACAUAAAAGGACAACAACCACUUCUAUUAUAAAAACAAGCAUGGAUAUAAUAUUCUGUAUGACAUGUACAGUGUUCAAUUUUAUUCCUUAUCUUAACUAAAUAGAGUGUUCUAGUGCUAGGUCAUACAUAAUUCUGAAUUUCUAACCGUACUAAGAGGGUUGCUGCACAGAAAUGAAAAGAACAAGAUCUCCCUUGCAAAAUACCAUGUGGAAAAUUCCAUGAACUUCU